UUUUGUUAUUUUUGGCCAAUUGCUUGUUUAGAUAUAAAAUCACGUACUGAGUCGAUCAUUUAUGAAAGGCGUGUUAAUGCGAAUUGCCGACAGCGAAUAAUUUAUUGCAAAUAAUUAUACGAAAUGCAUGAAAAUCUGCUUGAGGUGCAGGGAAAGGAGAUGGAAAAGAGGGAGACGAAGGUGGUGAAUACUCCGCACAUUGGCGUCAUGUGCAUUGAUAUAGCACAAUCGUUGGAGAACCAUUUGGGGUCUGGAUUUUGGCAUAGUUAUUUGCCGGUCUCGUACGUUAAGCAGUUGGAAUCGGUGGGCGCAGUCGUCAUACCCAUUUGGAUCGGCCGCAAACUUGACUAUUAUAAGGCCAUACUCAGCCAGGUGAAUGGUGUGCUCCUUCCCGGCGGUGCUGUGUGUUUGGAUGAGGAGGAAGCCAAGCAGUAUCCCAACUUGACCAAUGAUUGUGUGGCCGCCGCUCGAAUUAUCUAUGAGCUGGUUAUGGAGAGAAAUGCGGCUGGCGAAUACUUUCCAUUAUAUGGCACCUGUCUGGGCUUUCAGCUGAUCAUGAUCAAUGCGGCCAAGGAUAAGGAAGUGCGCACCAAAUGCUUCAAGUCCAAAUUUAAAGCAUUGCCACUGCAUUUGAGCAAGAAUUAUGAAGAGUCGGUGCUAUUUAAAGAACUGCCAGAGGAAUUGGCCAAGGAGAUGUCCAGUCAACCAUUUGCCUGUCAUCAGCAUGCUUAUUGCAUCACAGAGAGCGACCUGCAUCGCUUUAAACUGCACGAGGAUUGGCAUGUGCUGGCCACACAGCAGGAUGACGAGGGAGAGGAAGGACGCGGAUUCAUUACGCUCAUCGAGCAUCGCAAAUUUCCGAUCUUUGGCUCACAGUUUCAUCCGGAAAGAGCAGCCUACGAGCAGCUACUUGUCAGCACGGACACCUGCCGUGAGGCACACACAUCCAUCUGCAUCGAGUUGGCCCAGUAUUUUGCCAGGACCUUUGUGAAUGCCUGUCGCCGCAACAACAACAACUUUGCCAGUGUCGAGUUGUUGACUCGUCACUUGAUCUGCAACUGGCAGCCCAUUUUUACCGGCAAGUUCCCCAAAUCCCAUUGGCUGCAGUGUUACAUGUUCGACAAGCACGUGGAUUAUCCGGCGGAAUAAAUUUCAAUUUUUUUUUUAUACCAUAAA